AUGGCUUUGAAUGAGAAUGAUCAGGGGCAGGCUUUGCCGGUUGAUGAUGCCAAUAAGACGGAGAGGAAGUUUUCUCACAAGAGUGCCAGCGAGUACUAUGACCCAUGCCAGGACUUUGCGGACCGGAGUCUCAAGUGUAUGAGACGGAAUGGUUUUGAUAAGGAGAUGUGUGGUGAUUACUUCCAAGCUUAUCGAGAUUGUAAGAAAACUUGGAUGACGCAGAGAAGAUUCGGUUCCUCUGGUCAGAAGUAA